UGGUUAUUAAAAGAAAGCACGCGGGGACGCCUGCCGAACAUACCGCAGAGUAGUAGAACGACGGAGAAGUCAACCAACAGAAGAACCCAACUUUACGACUGACAGGUGACAGAAUAUGUCCAGAGCUGACUGGUCCUUCCUGGAGCAGCUGUUGGAGGAGGGGCAGGAGUAUAGCACCGGGGUGGGCCGUGUCUGGCUCACUGUCCUCUUCCUGUUCCGCAUGCUGGUCCUGGGCACCGCCGCAGAGUCAGCCUGGGACGACGAACAGAACGACUUCGUCUGUAAUACCAAGCAACCUGGAUGUACCGCCGUGUGUUACGACAAAGCUUUCCCCAUAUCACAUUACCGCUAUUUUGUCCUCCAGGUGAUUUUUGUUUCCACGCCGACUAUUUUUUACUUCGGAUAUGUGGCCAUGAGGGCUGCAAAGGAGAAAAAAAAGGAGGAAGAGGAGGAGGAGGAGAGGACAGAGGAGGGUGGAGCUGGUGAGGGACGAGAGAGGGGAGGAGUAAAGAAGAAGAGGGAGGUGAGAAAGGGGGAUGAGAUAGAAGAACUAGAGGAGGAGAAAGGAGGGAAAAAGGUGGUGAAAGCUCUCCCAGAGUCUCCUAAGCUGAAGGGCCGUCUCCUCUGUGCCUACGCCGCUAGCAUCCUCCUCAAGGUCCUCCUGGAGGUCGGCUUCAUCGUGGGGCUAUGGUACCUCUACGGCUUCGUGAUCCCGGCCCGAUUCGAGUGUGUCCGGGACCCCUGUCCUCACACGGUGGACUGCUUCGUCUCCAGACCCACGGAGAAGACCAUCUUCACCAUCUACACCCAGACAAUCGCUGGAGUCUCUCUCCUUCUCAACCUAGCAGAGCUCCUCUACCUCCUCCAGCUGGCCAUCACCCACCACCUAGAACAACGCUACGCCCAGGAGCAGUACACCUUUCCUGGCAUAGCCGGGGUCCGAGUCCGGCCUGGUGCUCCAAGCCUCGAGAUGGAGAUGCAGCAAGUUUCGCCUUACCAGGAGAAGGGCCAUCUGUAUUUACCCAUGGGGGAAGCCGGCUACGCCAAGCCCAGUGAGAGUUAUCUGGUCCUGGGGUCCAGAGCAGGGAUGGAUCCUGGUGGUGACAUUCUCCCCAGUUACUUGAACUGUUUGGGGGCGAUAAGGACUACACACUCUUCAGGGAGAGCUCACCAUAAGAAAUACAGCACACAACACACACACAGUAAGGGUGCCCAGAAGGGACACAGUAACAAACACACUAAGCAUUAUGUAUGAGGAAACCAGAGAGGUUUGGUUCUGUGAAUAGAAGAAAGCCAUAUGUCCACUACAGACUGAUACAGGCACCUUCGUG